GUCGCACGUGAGCCCCACCCCCGUGACGAUUGUACAUUCUGUGCACCAAACCGUCAUUGCUCAUGUGAACUCCUUCGAUCUGCUCUCUCUCUCUCUCUCUCUCUGCAAAUCUGCCAACCUGAAGAUGCUGAGAAACUCAGUGAGUUUCUCUUCCAAAGUCCUCACCUCCUCAAACCCUAACUCCAAAUCAACCUUUCUCUUCCCAGGCAUUUCCACCACCUACUAUGGCAUCGAGAGAUCACUCUCUCACUCCCAAUUCUAUUCUACCACCGCCACCUCAUCUUCUUCCUCCUCUCCCGAUUCUCUCAAACUAGGGUUUCCCAAACUCGAUCCUGUUCGAUCCUCGGGCUUCGCCUCUUCCGCCGCCGCAAUCGAUGCGUCUCCGUUGGCUGCUGCGUCGGUGUCGAGGGCUAGGGAUGUGGUGGACUUGGCUCGUCAUUACGGACGGUGUUAUUGGGAGCUCUCCAAGGCUCGCCUCAGCAUGCUUGUUGUUGCUACUUCUGGGACCGGAUAUGUUCUUGGGAGUGGCAAUGCCAUUGAUUAUGUGGGGCUCUGUUGCACCUGUGCUGGUACCAUGAUGGUUGCAGCAUCUGCUAACUCCUUAAAUCAGGUGUUUGAAAUAAAUAACGAUGCCAAGAUGAAGAGAACAAGGCAAAGACCACUGCCUUCAGGGCGUAUUACUGUACCUCAUGCAGUCAGCUGGGCAUCAUCCGUUGGUGCUGCUGGCACUGCUUUGUUGGCAUGCGAGGCUAAUAUGUUGGCAGCUGGGCUUGCAGCUUCUAAUCUGUUUUUAUAUGCAUUUGUAUACACUCCUUUAAAGCAAAUACACCCAGUAAAUACAUGGGUUGGAGCUGUUGUUGGUGCUAUUCCUCCCCUUCUUGGGUGGGUUGCGGCUUCUGGUCAAGUUACACUCAAUGGAAUGAUUCUCCCAGCUGCCCUCUAUUUUUGGCAAAUACCUCAUUUCAUGGCCCUUGCAUACUUGUGUCGUGACGAUUAUGCUGCUGGAGGGUUUAGGAUGUUCUCUCUUGCUGAUGCUUCUGGCCGAAGAACUGCAUUGGUGGCUUUGAGGAACUGCCUGUAUCUAAUUCCUUUGGGAUACUUGGCCUGUGAUUGGGGUAUAACUUCUGGAUGGUUUUGUCUUGAAUCAACACUCCUUGCUUUUGCAAUCAGUGGAACAGCACUCUCAUUUUACCUAAACCGGACAACAAAGAACGCUAGAAGAAUGUUCCAUGCUAGCCUUCUGUAUCUUCCUGUAUUCAUGUCUGGGAUGUUGUUACAUCGGCUUCCUGAUAACCAGCAGUUACUCGGGGAAGAAAAUUCAGAGGGAAUUACCAUACAGUUGUCUUCCUCAGAAACUCUGGUACAAGAGAUUGAAAUUGCGAACUGUGAAAAAAAGGCGAAACAUUCAGGUGUAUGUGCUCAAGCACAGCCGCCCGUAGCAUAUGCUUCUGUUGCGCCGUUUCCGUUCUUGCCAGCUCCUACAUAUGCUAUGCCUUGAUAUAGUUUACAGAUUUUACUCCUCAAUAAUGAUGGAAAAGCCAUUUUGUAUGUUCACUAUGUUUGAAAAUGCCAUUUGCUGCAUUUACAUGUUUUUUUACCUGAUCUGGGUUCAAAUAAGUGGUGUUUAAUUUGUUGAUUUUGUUAGCUUUCAAGUUGUAUCAGUUGUAUGGAACCAGUUCAAUUGAGUUAUAUAGUGAGAAGAUACUGCAUUUGACUAUUUCAACAUA